AUGGUGGUGUGUGUGCUUGCGUCAGCGAUUGGUGCUGUGGUGCGCAUGAUGCAGGGCGCGUGGUCGCGGGCUGGUGUUAGUGCCGGCGCCACGACGGCACUCACCACAGCAGCACCCACAACCAUGAGCGAAGAUGACCCGAUCGGCGAUGGCCUUGUUCCGAGCGCACCACCUGACACACACUGCCCUGCACACCCCGUACUUGCCAGUGGUGGUGCUGAUCGUGGUGGAGGCAAUAGCAUGCAACAACACCAUCAGCACCACAACGCCAAUGCCUUCCUUCCUGGCGCCUUUGAUCGCACCUUUGACCUGGGCUCCCAGCCGCCGAAGGUGCUUCCAAAACCAGCAGCACCAGUGCUGAUGGCAGCAGAGCUUUGCGACCUGGAGCGGGGUGGCGACGUGGCCGUUGGUGGCCCCAAUGCUGAUGAUGAUGACCACAGCAACCACCACCUCACACGCGAGCAGAUGCGGCGCCGAUCAGAGCUGCUGUUGGCACCCUAUGCAUCGACAACCGCCGAGACGACCAUCCCCGCGGACGAGCUGCUGGCGCGUCGCUUGCGCUGCAUGAGCAGAGCCCAGAGCGUCUCCUACGCCAACACCGACCCGCUCGUCAUCGUCAAGGGCCAUGGCCAGUUCCUCGUUGAUGUGGAGGGUCGCUCCUUCCUCGACACACGGAACAACGUGUGCCACGUCGGCCACUGCAACAACGCCGUGGCCAAAGCCGUCCAGCGCCAAGUGCACACGCUCAACACCAACACGCGGUACCUCCACCCGCACGUGGUGGAGCUCGCGGAGCAGCUGCUUGCAACCAUGCCCGGCCCUCUGCGUGAUGACGCCGUCGUCUUCUUCGUCAACUCGGGGUCGGAGGCAAACGACCUGGCACUGCGCCUCGCCCGCUGCCACACCAAGUGCAGGGAGACAAUUGCCGUCGAGCACGGCUACCACGGGCACACGUGCGCUGUUGUCGCGUGCUCCCCUUACAAGUGCCGCCACCCGCGCUUCCAAGAGCCCUCAGACCACAAGACGCGCACGCACGUCGUUCCGGCACCCGACACGUAUCGCAUCCACCCAUCGAUCAAGGCCGCAUAUGAUGAGCGAUGCAUGCAUGCAUGCAUGCCCACGACCUCGCCACACACCACUGCCACAGCAACAGCCACAGCCACAAAGGUAACAACAACAGCAACAGAUGCGACCGUCAUCAGCGACAGCAGCGAUGGUGGUGGUCGUGGUGGCUCUGGGGCGAACGCCACCGGCAAUGCACAUGCCAACGUAAGCUCUGCAAUGAGGGAUCAAACCAAUGCAAACCGCACCAACACCACUGACACCAUUGACACCAACAGCACGACAGCAACAGCCGCCCGUGUCAGCAAAACACCUCUGCCACCGCAACAUGACACCGCUUCCGCACGACUGUCCCCGUCACCAUCGUCCGCAUCGUCAUCUCGCAGCUCAAGCGUGGUGGACACACGCGAGGACGAGGAGCUGUUGGGAGCGCUGUAUGCGGAGUCAGUGGAGGCAGUUGCACGGGAGCGGGCAGGCAAGCUUGCAUGCAUGAUUGUUGAGUCUGGCAUGUCGGUUGCUGGCGUGCUGCUGCCACCGCCUGGGUACCUCAGCCGCUGCUUUGCUGCUGUCAGGGCCGCGGGCGGUGUGUGCAUCGUUGACGAAGUGCAGACGGGAUUCGCACGGCUGGGCACCUCGUAUUGGGCGUUUCAACUCCACAACAAGAACGAGAGCAGCAACGACAGCCACGACAGCCACAACAGCAGCAACGGCAGCAACGACACCACUACUGCUCUGCACAAGGACAAUGGUGGUGAUGGCGGUGAUGAUGGCGACAACCACGGCACGCAUGGUGACGAUGAAGCAGACACCACGACGCAUGCCGCUGUUGCUACCCAUGACCCUGCGGAUGAUGACGUGAUUCCAGACAUUGUGACGGUUGGCAAACCAUUCGGCAAUGGCAUGCCCCUGGCGGCGGUGGUGUGCCGCAAGGCCAUAGCCGCCUCCUUUGAGCGCGGCCCAGAGUACUUCAACACCUUUGGCGGCAACCCUGUGUGCUGUGCUGCUGGCUUGGCGGUGAUGGAGCAGACCACGGCAGAUCACGCAGGCCGCUGCUUCAUUGGUGACAUCCGUGGACAGGGCCUGUUUAUCGGCAUUGACUUUGUGAACGACACACACACACGGGCGCCGGGGACGCGAGAGGCAUCAUUCGUGUGCACACGUUUGAAGGACGACCACCACAUUUUGACGUCGCUUGACGGGCCUGGCGACAAUGUCAUGGUGAUCAACCCGCCAAUGGUCUUCCCGCUUGUGGAUGUGGAGCGUUUUGUGCGUGCGCUUGAGAGGGCCAUACACGCGUGUUGGCAGCACCCCGCUUCGGCGUGGAGAGCCGGUGCGGAGGUGACGCCAACGUGA